AUGUCGCUUCCACCAAGUUCUCCGAGGCUCCCAAGCCCACCUCCCCCAACAGAGAUUCAGAUUGGACCCAAAUCACCAUCCCAUGGAGCCUCUUCAAGUCAAGAGGCCUCCAUCGAACAGAGCGUCAUUGACGCCAAUGCAAGCCGCAGAAUACAUCCUGGAACUAAGGCUGCCGACAUGGCUGCCGGACCUCCUCUCGUACCUUUGAGUGAACUCGAUUCAGCGUUCCAACUACAAGAACACCUAAAGGCGCUCCAUCACCACUACAUCAAACCCUCAGACUCCGACCAUUCCGUCCCCAUAAACCGCGAAACCGCGAUCCUGAUUGCCGCGCCGCCUGAGGGUGUGGACCGCGGACUUUGGCUCUACGAACUCUGCCGGUUCCUGAUAAACAAAUGCAACGACCUCAUAAUUGGAUUUUUAUUUGACGACCCUCCAUGCUCCGCAACAACGUGUCCCGAGAUGCGUGCUAGCGAGUGGCAAUUCCUAUGCGCCGUUCACGAAUCACCGAAGAGCUGCUGUGCAAUCGAUUACUGCUGCCACACACUCGACUGGGCUACGAACAUUGUCACAAGCCAGAAGAUAUUCCCCAGCCGCCUGAGUCUCGGUGCUGGAGAUGCUAUGGAUGAGCGGGGAGCUGGGGUCAAGCAUCUGAUCAAUAUUUUCAGACGGCUACAUCGGAUAUUCGCACACGCCUGGUUUCAACACCGCGGGGUAUUUUGGCAGGUCGAGGGGCAGACAGGCUUGUAUGUUCUAUUCAAGACUGUCUGUGAUACUUAUGAUUUGCUGCCGGCUGAGAAUUAUAAGUUGCCUCCUGAGGCCGAGGGAUUAGAACCCGUGGAGGAAGCAAGAGCGGCAGUCCCAUCGAUUUUGAAGUCCGAUGCUGGCAGUAAGCCGCCAUCGAUGGAGGAUGAUUUUAUGAACGUUGGUCGUGCGAAUACCAAUACCAGACGCCACAUCCGACAGUCACCCUCCGUUGGAUCUGCCGUCACAACUGUUAUGGAAAUAGAUGAAGAAGAUCCAGAUGUAACUCAGAAACUGGGGGAUCUACGCAUCGCAGAAGAAGAGGGGGGGGAAGCAGAUGUCCCGGUAAUUGUAGAAGCAUAUGAAAUUCCACAACACGGUGACAUUACACUGGAGGCAGCAGAGCCCGAGCCUGUUGAAGAGACGGAGCCUCAAUCGGUGGAAACCCAAGUUGCUGCGACUUCGCCAACUUCGUUUUUGGAUAACUCGUCGCCACAGUCAUUGGAGAAGGAAGUAGAGUUACAGGAAAAAGCAGCAAAACCACAGGAGACGACAGUGGAGCCGGAAGAGAAGGCAGUAGAGCCCCAGGAAAAGGAAGAAGAGCUACAAGAGCCAGAAACAAAGCCGCAGGAGGAUACCGAGCCUGAAAAAGACACUGAAGAAACAGAAGCACCGGAAGCUUCUGCCAAAGAAGUAGAAGCAGCCCCGGCCGCAGCCACAGCCACAGCUGUCGAGGCUACCGAAGAAGACCCAAAACGAGACGAGAAGUUAGAUGUAAAAAAGGAGGCUGACGAGGAAAAGCAAAAAGCAUCAUCAUCAUCAUCAUGA